AUGGCAUGUUAUGCCGACUUGAACGCGGGUAUUGGCAGGCCUUUGUGGGCGGUUUCGGCAAAGCAGUUUGAGCUCUGGUUCAAGUGCACUCUCGCCAGCAGUUUUCUCUACCCAGUGAUGAUGAGCACAGUGCGAAUCUCAGUGCUUCUCUUCUACCGCCGCCUCAUUGGCCCCACCUACCAGACGCUCCAGUACUGUAUCAAGGCACUCAUCCUCUUGACCAUCCCCUACGUCGUCACUUAUGAGUUCCUCCUCGGCUUCAUGUGCAAGCCCCCAUCGUCCUUCUGGAAGCCGUUCCAGCGCAACGCGGACUGUGGGGAUGUCUACUACUACAAACUACACAUCACUCUGUACUCCGUCAGCUUGGUAUUUGAUAUUCUCAUCUUGGUGUUACCCUUGAAGGCCAUCUGGGAGUUGAAGAUGCAGAAGCGCCAGAGGGUCUUGGUCUGCGCUUUGAUUGCGUUGGGUGCUUCGGCGUGCUUCGGGAUCGCAUACAGACUUGCUCUCUGGGUUCUGGAAAUGAAGAGAUACCCGUACAUUGACCCAAGAUGGACCGCCAACCCCCUCAGCAAGGUCAUCCCACCUCAGUUUGACCGUUAUGGCUGGACCUACUGGGUUCCCUCCCUCCUCGAGUCCAACAUGGCCAUCAUUGGCGCCUCACUACCUGCGCUCAAGCCUCUACUUACUCAGUAUAACUGCCUCCAACGGAGCAAGUUCUCCAAGUUCUCCCAGGGCGGUAGCGGCGGCAUGACGGACCCGAGCGACACCAAGCGCUCCCACGGAAUCCAGCGCCCGGGACCCUACAGCGAGCAGAUCGGCAGCAACAACGACUCCAUGGAGCUUCUCCACGUCGACGCCGUUGGCGGCACUUUCUCCGGCACUUAUCCUGUCAAGCACUCCCACGUCACUACUAUCAAGGCGGACGUUCGUGAUGAUCUGUCCACCGAUUCUGUACUACCCGGGAGUAUUGUGCAGACCAGUACUGUUGAAGUCAGGGUUUCCGAGAAACCUUAGGAAUCGAGAUGGAGUUGGGAGUGGAAGUGGUGAUGAUGAUGAUGACGAUGGGUGGUAAUGGUGGUGGUUUGUACCUAUGAUUUCCGGUGUGUGUGUGUGUGUAUGCGCAUGUGUUUUUCUAUGGGAGGCUCUAUGAUAUAUUUUGGGCCCGGGUCAGGGUUUCUUUUUUUUUUUUUUUUUUCCUCUCUCUGUCCGGGGUGUGGGUUAACAAUGUCUGGUUGGUUUUUUUGGUUUAGGUAUUAAGACUACAAGAUGUUAUAAUGAAUGCAAAAGAAGGUUUUGAUAGUCUUGUCGUUCUUUAUUCAUGUCUUGCAGGUUUGCGCGGUUCCGCUUCCGCGCUGGUUCGGGAUCGGCCUUUACCAAGGCGAGAGGAGAAAGAGCGAGAUGUCGUGGUGUAUCUAGCAUGUGUUUUCUCAAACUCUUAAGUGAUACAAGUAUAGUACAAAUAGACAAGCCUUUUUUCCACAA